AUGAUGCUAGAAAGUCGCCUUGAUGUGCUUCGUCGAGAGGACGAUGGUGGUCGUGCUCAGGUGUUGCCACCAACAAAAUUGAUCGCCUGCUGCGUGUCGCCCUCGAAUCGACCGACAAAACAUUUCAAUCUCAACUUGCGCUUCAUCCCAAUUGCUUCUGCCGCCCUGUCGUCCGGAUUCGGGUUCCCCAGCCCGCAGGCUGACAUUCGGGUAGCUGUGGAAGGGAUGGCGAACACGUUGAUCGAAACCAAUCGAAAGAAGCUGCAGCGACGUCGGAGUCCAUUCACGGAGGAAGAGCUGCUUUCCUACGGCUUCACCCUCGAACAAUUGCCCCGUAUCGUCCCCACCUCAUUUUCCAUCCAAGGGCCCCCACAA